AUGGGAACUAUUCAAAGAUUUGUGGCCAUUCCCUUACAGAGCAGCUUCUUGGCUCCUCCUAUAAAACCACUCCAUUCCUCCCUUCACUUGUCUCCAUCCCAUUCCAAUUCCAAUUCCAGUUCCAAUUCUAAUCUCAAAUUCAGAUCCAAAGCUUCUCCAUCUCCGACAGUCUCAGUCACCAUGGCCGGCAUCAAGGUUCACGGAGUUCCCAUGUCCACAGCCACCAUGCGCGUCCUCGCAGCUCUUUACGAGAAGGAUCUCGAUUUCGAGCUCAUCCCCGUCGACAUGAGAGCCGGUGCUCACAAGCAGGAGCCCUUCCUCUCCCUCAACCCUUUCGGUCAAAUUCCUGCUCUCCAAGACGGUGAUUUGUCACUUUUCGAGUCAAGAGCCAUCACAGAGUACAUAGCAGAGGAAUACAGUGAGAAAGGUGAGAAGCUCGAGUGCCCAGGCUGCAAGAAAGUCAAGGCAACCACCAAGGUAUGGCUUCAGGUGGAAGGUCAACAGUUUGACCCAGUCGCCUCCAAGUUAGCCUUCGAGCGUGUCUUCAAAGGCAUGUUCGGCAAGACCACUGACCCUGCCGCCGUCGAAGAGCUCGAAGGGAAGCUCGUCAAGGUCUUGGAUAUCUACGAGGCAAGGCUCUCCAAAUCCGAGUUCUUGGCCUGUGAUUGCUUCACUUUGGCUGAUCUUCACCACCUUCCUGCCCUCCAUUACUUGAUGGGCACCGACUCCAAGAAGCUCUUUGAGUCUCGCUCUAAGGUUCACGAGUGGGUCCAGAAGAUCACUUCCAGGCCAGCUUGGACUAAGGUUGUUGCCCUCCUCAAGCAGUGA